AUGCGCUCUCGUUCGAGCUCUGUCACCACAUUAUACAAUCGAGCCCCGCGAACUGGAGUGUCUCUUGACCGCAAUAAUAAUUGUGCAUCGAGGGAUGUCGAAAAACAGCCAAGAAUGGUUCACACUUCUUCCAGACAUGUCAACGAAGGAUUUUUUGGGGUUUCGAAAUGUAUACGACACGUUUCAUCGAAGAAAGUCGUUGAGAUUGACUAUGAAAUCGGAGCGGUCAUCGGCAAAGGCAAUUUCUCGUCGGUGCAUGUCUCGAAAAGGAAAUCGGAUGGGCGAAAGUGUGCCCUGAAGCAAGUCGAGAAACGAGCAAUGCGCGGAAAAUGUUUUUUCGUUGAUAAUGAGGUCGAAAUGCUUUCUCUCAUCCAGCAUGAUCACAUCGUGUCGAUUAUCGAUGCGUACAGCACUGAAACUCAUUAUUUCUUGGUUAUUGAAUACGCGCAAUUCGGAGAUUUGUAUGAGAUGAUUCGAAAAAAUAAAAGAAUUGAGGAACCUGACGCAGCAAUCAUAACACUUCAGGUUGCUUCUGCUCUUGAAUAUCUCCAUGAGCGAAAUGUGGCUCAUCGUGAUGUGAAGCCAGAGAACCUUUUGCUAGUUGAUAAGUUCAGUGUGAAAUUGUGCGAUUUCGGACUUGCAUGCCAUGUGUUGGGACCACUUUAUCGUAUAUGUGGUACACCAACAUAUUGUGCUCCAGAAGUGCUCAAAGAGACUGGCUACACAACAAAAGUGGAUAUUUGGUCGCUUGGUGUUGUUCUCUAUGUGAUGCUCGCUGGUUAUGCUCCAUUCCGAGCACCAGAUCAAUCUCGUCUGUUCAAAUUGAUAAUGCAAGCCAAUGUCAAUUUUGAUAUGCCGGAAUGGAGAGAUGUGUCAUUAAAGGCUCGUGACCUGCUUUGUCGUCUUAUGAAUCGAAAUGCUGAUAAACGUCCACUGGCAUCUCAAAUUGCGUCUCACCCAUGGUGUUUGCCAUAUACGUUCGAAUCAAUCGAUAACGAAUAA